AUGAGGCUACCUGUGGAUCCUGCAGCUCCGUCCUGCACAGCAGGUGAAUAUCUGCCCAGGUUUCUGCCUCCAACUCCUGAACAUGGAGCUCAGUUCUUCAUAGACCUUGAUGAGACGAUAGAAAUCAGCAUCAGAGCAGAGGCGACUCAGUCUGUUGGAUCCUGCAGCUCCGUCCUGCACAGCGAAAAUCUGCCCAGUUUGAAAAGAACCGAGUCGUUCACCAUGUUGCUCUUUGUGCUGCUGGUAGCGAUAAUUGGCUGGACAGAAGCUGGUUAUUAUGGACUUGUGCUUUCUCACACCACUAAAGAUGUACAAGGAAACACAUUUACAGUUGUGCGUCGCUUGAAGGCGAGCUUCACCUCCUGUGCAGAGCUUGAGUCAUGGUGGAGUUACACUAAUAAGAUUGAUGAAAGCAGCGGAGAAUGGUGUCUGGGAGAGUAUACCCUGGUGGACAGAAAGAGUUUCUACAGUUCCUACUCUGGGUGGAAUACUGGAGCCUGGAUAAACAACAGAAACGGCAUUUCAUCUGGCCUCGCUAAGAUAUUUAUUGAAGGGAGGUUCAGAUCCGACAUCAACAGAUCGAAUUCAUCACCACUAACCGGAAUCCUUCCUGUUAUGAGAGUUCCCUCAAACUGUCAGAGAAACAUCAACUUGUUGACCUUUGACCCUGACGGAGACCAUGUUCAAUGCAGACAUGGAUCCGGUUCCAAUGAGUGCUACACCUGCACACCUCCGUCUGUCCUCAGCCUCUCACCAGCUUGUUCUCUAUCAUUCAGUCCAACCAGCAGCAAUAAUGAAGGUUUAUAUGCAGUUCAGCUGAUGAUGGAGGAUUUUCCCAGACAGACAAUCAAUCUGACUGAUAGCAAAGAUGCAACAGAGUCGAGAAACUCCAGCAUUUCUAUGACCAGAAUGCCUGUCCAGUUUGUUUUCAAAGUGGAUCCUGCAGCUCCGUCCUGCACAGCAGGUGAAUAUCUGCCCAGGUUUCUGCCUCCAACUCCUGAACAUGGAGCUCAGUUCUUCAUAGACGUUAAUGAGAUGAUAGAAAUCAGCAUCAGAGCAGAGGCGACUCAGUCUGUGAUCACUGGGAUCCUGUUCAAUGGACCGUUCAACAUGACCAAGAGUUCAUCUGGUUCAGGAUAUUUCACCCUGAGAUGGACGCCGUCUUUCAGUCAAAAUGAUGAAAGUCAUCCCGUCUGUUUUGCUGUCCAGGCAACUGCCUCCAGUUCUGUCUACCAGUCUGAGCUUCGAUGCGUCAUUGUGAGGGUUGGAAACAUACCUUUCAUAGCGACUCCAUCUCCUCCUCCUAAAACAUCUCAUGUUAAGGUUGUGAAGCUGAAGAUCAAGACUUCGAUGUCACUGAAAGACAAACAAGAUGAAAUGGAGAAAGCGAUUCGAGAUCAACUGAUUACAGGAGGGCUGCCUGCAGACAUAAAGGUUCACCUGCUAAGCUUCGGUAUAGCUAAUAAAACAGCUGCCCCCUAGUGGCCAAACAGGAGAAUGAAUCUGAUCCCUGCAGGAAAUUUGAUUUAAUCUUCCUGUAUAUUUUAAAUACUUCAGGGAGUUAUGGUUGUUUUCAGUAAUUUAG